CGGAAGAGUAGAGUUACGUCACGUGACCCAUGAUUGUAUUACGGUUGAUGUUAAGAAGCAUUUAUUACGACAUAUAUGUGAUCAUUUGAGCAUAUUAGACAACUUUAAAAGGCUGUUUGAUAACAGCUGGAAGCAAAUCACCUACUUGUAAUGGCACAUCUGCUGGGAAUCUUGUGUCUGGCUCUGCUGGGCCUGAGCACAGCACUGGUCUGUCCUGAUGGAGGAAUGUGUGAAGAUAAUAACACCUGCUGCAAGAAACCUGAGGGAGGAUACGGAUGCUGUCCCCUACCAAAUCUGAGGGAGAGAGUAAAGGCUGUCAUUUGUCCAGACCAAGAGUCUGAGUGUCCAGAUGACACCACUUGCUGCCAACUUCCUGACUCCACUUGGGGCUGCUGUCCCCUGCCAAAGGCUGUGUGUUGUGAGGAUAGACGCCACUGUUGCCCUGAAGGAACACAGUGUGACCUUAAACACUCAACAUGUGUUUCUGCGGCACAAGAGGCCUUUCCCAUGCUGAAGAAACUACCUUCCAGAAGGAGAACAGACGAUCCCGGUUCCAGCUUGGAUUCGGUGACUUGUCCUGGUGGGAAAAGCAGCUGCCCAGAUAGUUACACCUGUUGCAUGUUAACCAGCAGAGACUGGGGCUGCUGUCCCUACCCAGAGGCGGUCUGUUGUUCAGAUCACCUCCAUUGUUGUCCUUCUGGCACCAAGUGCGACCUGAUUCACAGUACGUGUGCGUCACCUCAGGGAAACACCACCGUGAUCUCUGAGGUCUCAUCUACGAUGAUAAAACUGAACAGAGUCGGUGCUGUUCCCUGCAAUGACACUGUAGCCUGUGCUGAUGGUGAAACCUGCUGUAAAUCAACAUCAGGAGAAUGGGCCUGCUGCCCGCUACCUAAGGCUGUGUGCUGUAAGGACCACCUGCACUGCUGUCCCCACGGUACCAUUUGUAAUUUAGCAGCGUCCACGUGUGACGAUCCCUCCGGCAGUACUCUGAUGCCCUGGCUGAGCAGAGUGCCCACCUUUACCUUGGCGACUGAUGAUGUCAAGUGUGAUGAAUCCAAAUUUUGUUUUGGAAAUUCCACCUGCUGUAAGACGAACAGUGGCGACUGGGCCUGCUGCCCUCUGCUUCAGGCUGUUUGCUGUGAUGACCAUGUCCACUGCUGCCCUCACGGCACAGUGUGCAAUCUGGAUGCUGAGACCUGUGAUGACCCACUGGGUUUCCUUACUGCCCUCAAAUGGGUACCAAAGGUCUCCACUCUGCCUGUGGAAGUACCGGAUGUGAAAUGUGACGAGGAAACCUUGUGUCCAAGAGGCACCACCUGCUGUAAGCUGGACUCUGGACUGUGGGCUUGCUGUCCCUUACCUCAGGCUGUGUGCUGUAAUGAUCACGAGCACUGCUGCCCUAAAGGCUACGAGUGCAACAUCACUGAGCAGACGUGUGGUAAGCCAGGAGGCCUCAGCCUCCCGUGGGUCCAGAAGAAACCAGUGCUGGACAGAUCACCGCACCAGGGUGCCGCUGGUCCAUCUCGAACCCACAACAACAUGUGUGAUGCCCACACCAGCUGCCCAGAGGGCACUACAUGCUGCUUUAUGAAUAACAGCCUCGAGUGGGGCUGCUGCCCCCUGCAAGAGGCCGUCUGCUGUAGUGACGGAAACCACUGCUGUCCCAGUGGUCACACGUGUGAUCCCCAGCGAUCCUCUUGCUCAAAAGGCCACCUUGUUAUACCUUGGUACACCAAACAGAGCGCCCUAAUUGAGGUGGGCGCUGUGGCAGACAUUAAAUGUGAUGAAAAGGGCAGCUGUCCAUCAGGAACAACGUGCUGUAAACUGACAACAGGACAGUGGGGCUGCUGCCCUCUGGUCAAGGCGGUGUGCUGUGAGGACCGUGAGCACUGCUGCCCCUACGGCUACACCUGCAACAUGCAGACUGGAACAUGUGAGAAGAAGAACCAGGACAUGUUGGUGCACGCUGUCCCCAUGAGCAGAGUGCUUCAGUCCAAGUUUAAAGAUCCUCAGGACGAUGCACAUGCACCAUGUGAUGACACGGGGGAGUUUCACUGCCCCAAGCAAGACACAUGCUGCAAGAUCUCCUCCACAGAAUGGGCCUGCUGCCCCUCACCCAGGGCUAUAUGCUGUACUGACUCGAAGCACUGCUGUCCGGUAGGAUACUCAUGUGAUCUAAAAGCUGGAGGUUGUUCUGAACAAACAAACCAAACCUGGGAUGUUUUGUUUGGGGACAGAAAAAGAGACCUUGUACCUUUUGGACUUUAAUCCUACUAAGAUGCACUGGUCUUAAUCAGCUCCCAGCGCAUAACACCUAUUUACAGCCCGUAUUGUCGACUGUGGUAUCUUAGACAACACUGACUUUUUUCACUUCCUGUUUAUUUCUUCAGAGGGCCAGUACAUGGACCAAGGUAUGCAGUUCUGAGGAUUUGUGUGUCAUAAUUAGUACAUGCAAAAAUAGAUUGGACACUGCAGUCAAUGUUAAAAUUCACCUGAUAAUUUCCAAAACAUGUUGCAUGCCAAUAGAAAAACUAACGUUCAUAAAUUUUUUUUUUUCAUGUUUUGUAGAAGGAAGAAAAUACAUCAUUGCACGGUCUUUGUUAAAAUGCAACGGUGCAAUCAAGCAGCAGGAAUUUGUAUGUUUCUCAACACCGGCUUAUUCUUUUUUCUUUUUAAACCAGUAUUUUUUUUUAGCUGUGAGCCCAGUGCUUUUCUAUUUCUGUAUUUUAAGUAGAAACAUGAAUGUAGUUGUUGCCAUGCUAUGGGCAAAGUUUCAUGAGAUGAACUCUUUGACUGAAGAAUUUUUGCUCCCCCCUGCAGAUGAAACAUGUUAUUGUUUAUUGCAUCAUGGCCACACAUUCUUAAUACUCCUAUCACACUAGAGCACGAAUUGCGCUCAUGCCGUACGAAUUGACAUUCAAAGAACAAUCGUGCAAUUCGUGCUGCAUUUGAUCUGCACCCGAAUGCCUCGUACCGCAUUCCUACAUUAGUCAGCACAUUGUCACUCGUGCUGGAAAACAUCCGAACAGCGGUGGAGUUGCAGUCGUACCACAUUUUUCCUGCUGUACAAAUGGACAUUCAAACGUCAUUUGUGCAAUGUGACCUGCAGUCGAACUGCAUUUGAGCUGCAUUUGAAUUCCUCGGACAGUAUUCGUGUGGCACUUAGGAAAAUACGUCACACAGUGCUGCAUUCGAACUGAGGAAUAUUCAUACGGCGGUUGUACUGCUGUGUGACUGCUUCCACAAAUGGCAUACGAACUGGCAACAGAAAUGGCAACCCACCAGCAUUCGGAGUAGUCCGAUCACAUCGCCAUGACCCGAUUGUGCCCCCAAUGAGCUGACACCCCCCCUCCCUCACAUCAUCUUCGGGGUGCGCAAAGGAAAUAUUAUAAUGUGCAAAUUCUGUGGCACGCAAUCAUCAUGUGCACUAGACAUGAGCAUUGCGCAGUCACACAGAAUACAACAUGUGUCACAGCGAGUCAGCUUGUCUCCGUGACUCACUGAUGUUCACUGCGGCCAUCUGGACGGGGUCUAACA